CCGCCGCCCGCUCCGCCAGGGCUGCCAACCACCGUCGCCAGCGCGCUCUGCCCCACGGAGGGAAAUUCCGGCCCUACGACCUGGAGGGCGUCACGCAGGCCCUGCGGCAGCAGCAGCAAUUCCAGCAGCAGCAGCAGUCGGGGGCGGCGGCUAACAGCCACCACCACCUACCGCCCCCGAAACUGCCCCCGCCGUCCCCGCAACAAUUGUACCAGUCACAGUCGCAGGUACACCUAAUGGGGCACGCCGUGCAGGAGCAGCUGCAGCAGCAGGCGGACAACCUCCUGCAGCCACCGCAGCAGCAGCAGCAGGCCGAGCUGCAGAACCAGAACGUUCACCACCCAAAGUUCCCCAUCACGAAUGGGUCGCUGUUUACCAGCCUGGACGGCCACAUCCCCAUCGUGCACAACUACCGACGGCGGCGUGACAUGCAGAUGGGCACGACCUACGUGCCGGUGCACUCCAACCAGCCCGUCAUCGUGCACAACGGGGGCUUCUUCCGCGCGCAGGGCCCGUCCGUUCCCGACGAAGGCACUCUGCACUCGCCACCCCUGCCGCACCAGCACUUCGCCGCCCCCACCAUUGGUUCAGUUGUUAUUUGUAUGAGUGUUCAUCAGUAA